AUGGCGAUGACUCUCGGCUACUGGGAUAUCCGCGGGAUGGCACAACCCAUCCGGCUGCUGCUGGAGUACACUGGCACCGAGUAUGAGGAGAAGAGGUACACCUGCGGGCCAGCUCCGGAUUAUAACAAAAGUGGAUGGCUGAGUGAGAAGGAAAACCUGGGACUGGACUUUCCGAAUCUUCCGUACUUAAUUGACGGGCCCCUGAAACUCACCCAGAGCAACGCCAUCCUGCGCUACAUCGCCCGCAAACACAACUUGUGUGGAGAAAGUGAGUCGGAGGAGGUUAGAGUGGACAUGACCGAAAACCAGGCCAUGGACUUCCGGCGCGGGCUGGCAAUGAUUGUCUACAACCCAAACUAUGAGGCUCUGAAGGGCCCUUAUCUGGAGGGGCUCCCCGAGAAACUGAAGCAGUUCUCCAAGUUCCUGGGCCAGCGGAAGUGGUUUGCCGGAUGCAAGGUGACCUUUGUAGACUUCAUCAUGUACGAGGCGCUGGACCAGCAUCGCAUGUUGGAACCCACGUGUCUGGAGUCCUUCUCCAAUCUAGAGAACUUCCUGCAUGAAUUUGAGGCUUUGGAGAAGAUGGACGCCUACAUGAAAUCCAGCCGCUUCAUUAGAACUCCCAUCAACAACAGGAUGGCAAAAUGGGGCAACGAGAAGUAG